AUGGCCUCAGCCGGGGGCUUGACUCGCCGGAGAGGUGGCGGGCGAGCCGCUGGCUCAGACGAGCACGAUGACAGCAGAGUUGCUUCCCCUGUCUCUCGAAAUGGCUCCGCCAUGGACAAUCGCACCCCCGAGACGUCAUACACAAACUCCGAAAAUGGGCAUAAAAUCGCCUUUGACCCCCGGGAUAUCAGCGAGACAGAGGAACGGAGCAAACAGCCGAAGCUCACGCUUAUGGAGGAGGUUCUCCUGCUGGGUUUGAAAGAUAAACAGGGAUACUUGUCUUUUUGGAAUGAGAAUAUCUCGUACGCCUUACGAGGAUGCAUUGUCAUUGAGCUGGCGCUUCGCGGUCGAGUUAGCAUGCAGAAGGAUUCUUCUCGGCGGAGGUUCCCCUUGGCCGAUCGAGUGAUUGAAGUUAUCGACGACACAUUGACGGGCGAGGUCUUGCUGGACGAGGCUUUGAAGAUGAUGAAGUCAAGUGAGAAGAUGAGUGUGAACUCCUGGAUCGACCUGAUGAGUGGAGAGACAUGGAAUUUGAUGAAGAUCGGAUAUCAAUUGAAGCAAGUGCGCGAGCGUCUUGCCAAGGGCCUUGUCGAUAAGGGCAUUCUUCGAACUGAAAAACGCAACUUUCUCCUGUUCGAUAUGGCGACUCAUCCCGUUGCCGACGGCGGCGCCAAAGAAGACCUUAAUCGCCGAGUCCGCAAUAUCUGCAGCAGUCGCACUGUAAUCCUUCCCGCCAACCAAUGGCUCCCUGAAGAUACCGAAUUUCGAUACCUGCGCACCAUUACUAUGGUGUGUGCUGCCUACGCAGCAAACGUACUAGAGAAUGCACUCGUCACAAUGAGCCACGAAGCCCGAGAGAGAGCCUUUGCACAGGUGGAUGAAUUAUUGGCCGAGUACUCACAAUGGCCAUUUGCUCGACGCCCUGGCGGUUCCCAGGCGAUUGGGGCCAAUCUAGCCCAGGCAAUUAACGACGAAGUGACCAGAGUCCAGGAUAAGGAGCUUCAACUAGAGGUUGUUGCCGCCUGUCUCAGCGUUUUUACUAGGCUCGAUUCUCUCCUCUAG